CGCCCACCCUGUCUUCGGUAUUCCGCCCGACGCCACGGUCGCCGGUGCCGCCCAGCUCGUUCCCGUCGGGGCUGGCGCCGGUGGCGAGCAACGACUCCCGGACGGUGACCCGACGCGUCUCGCGGACGGACUUGGACUUUGAGCAGGCGCUGCGGGGGGAGGGGACGGUGCAGUUGAAGGAGGGGCUGGACAUCAACGCGCUGGGGACGGUUGACAGCCCCGGGCCGUCGCCCAAGACGCCGCUCUCGCCUCCGAACCACCGACCAAGGGGGCCGCGCAUCGGCGUCACCCCGUCCACGCCCACCGUCGAGCCCCCCACCCCGUCCCCCGCGUCUGCCGGCCCCGCCGUCGGACAGCACACGAUACGCAAGCUGCCGUCGCCACCGUCCAGCACCUCCACGGAGGUCUUCUACGACGCCGAGGAUGCCGACCUCCCGACGAAGCGUCGCUCCAUGUACCGCUCCCAGGGCACCGCCAGCAGCCCCGACCUCGCCACCCUCGUGAGGAAGGCCAAGGAGCGCGGGACGACGUACGAUCGCAGCAAGGACGCCCGCGAACAAAACAAGGACCCCGCCCCGCCUCUGCCGUCCUCCUCGUCGUCGAGCACCGGCACCUCGACGACGCGCCCGCGAUCGUCUACGCAAUCGCCGGGGACGGCGCGACUUCGGCGCGCGGACCACCCCGUCCCUGCAAGCCCUACCAUCUACGACUGGGCAGGCAGUCCCAAGCCCAAGGUCCCCGCCAAAGAUUACGGCACCAUCAAGCCUUCUAUGCACAAUCCCAAGUCGAUGAGGUCAAAGACGACGGCCUUCUUCGGUAGGAUGUUGGGGCAGGGUACCGUCAGGGACCGUUCUCAACGGAUGGACCUUCCUUCGCCAACUUCCUUAUCAUCCUCUAUGACCAUCCCCGCCUUGUCCUCAUCGUCGUCCUCCAUCCCUACCCCCGCCCGAGAGGGGAGAAGGCUGCCGAUCAAGUCUCCCGUGAAGGACGUCUUCGGUGACGCGCUCGCUCCGACGCCCACCCCCAAUAUGGGCAAACCUCUUCCUCCCAUCCAGAACGGUCGCUCGACGUCGGACGAUUUCGAUGCCGACGAUCACUCCUUUGUCCAGGUCGAGCAGCCCUCUCAGUACAUCGAGGACCCACCCGUCGCUUUGUCGUCCAAGACCAUCACCAAGUCCACCGUACGUCGUCUACCCGAGCUUCCGAGCAUCAACGCGACGAAGCGGAGAAGCAUGAGCGUCAGCGAGUUCGAACUGAAGCAGGCCAUGGCCCAGGCAUCCUCCUCCACGCCGCUCCCAGAGUCAUCUCCGGUCAAGGACCGAAAGCCUCGCAGGCCGGAGGAGAAGCGCUCGUGGGACUCCCGCAUCAAUGGGAUGAUCACCGACCUGAAGGGCGAGCUGUCCCAGUUGGAGAGCAUCUCGUCGGGGUCGCUGGACCUGAAGGAUCCGUCCACCCCUGCCCGCAGGGCGGCGCUCCAUCGGGCACAGACGGAUAGUCCUACCGCGUCGUCCAGGAGGACCACGUUGGACUCCCUUGCGUCGUCGCCUGGUCCGUCCACGCCCGUGGUCAAGCUCGAUCCUCCAGCUUCUCAGGAGGGCGCUGCGGGCUCGCAGAGAUCCUCGCAGGAGAACGCGGAGAUACUCGACAUCACCGACGUCCCGCCGCGCACGACUUCUCUGCAGACGCCGCCACGACACCGAUCCGGAUCCAACUCUACCGAAUCGUGGCGCCAUGGCAUGGGCAAGAACGUGCCGCGCACGAUGAGAUCGUACACGGCGGACGCGCCUUCCGCCGUGGCCGCGGGGAAUCAUCAAGCCGCAAACUCCCGUCUUCGCGUGCAGCAUCGGUCUGCCGCGUCCAGUUCUGAGCCUUCGUUGAUUUCCGCGGGCGACGAAGGGGGUCGAACAUGUAAACAUCGUUUCGUGUCGCCUCUGAUGUCGAUCAAGGCGCAACAUGAACUCGCUCAGAGCGAAUUGUCCCUCAAUCGAUACGCGUCCAAUCCCUCCCUGGGUAAAUCGGAUGAAACGUCCGGUGACAUGGAGGCAAGGGGCAAGGAACUGGCUGCAAGGUGCUACAGGGAGGACGAGACCUUCUUGCCGCGGGAAAAGAUUGCGGAAUGGCUUGGUGGGCAGAGCCCGAUCAACGCGGUCGCGUUGCGCUAUUACAUGGACUACUUUGAUUUCUCGGGGCUGCGGCUCGAUAAUGCCUUCCGAAAACUAUGUGGCAAGCUGUACCUCAAGGCCGAGACCCAGCAGGUUGACCGUAUCCUGGAACAGUUCAGUAUUCGGUAUCACGAGUGCAAUCCGGAUAACCUGUUCGGCAAGGCGAGCGUGGUGCAUGCGACCACAUACUCGCUGCUGUUGCUCAACACCGACCUCCACGUUGCCGACCUCGCGACGCGCAUGUCCCGCAGCCAGUUCGUGCGGAACACCCUGGAGGCCAUCCUGAUGGACCUCCGGCACGAACGCUCCCCCGGCGGUAUCUCGACCCCAGAUCUCGUCGACGAUGCGAGCAGCAUCCGCGACGGCAGCGACACGAACACGACCGCGGGCACGCCGCAGCCGCGCCAGAAGCGGAGCGGCAGCAUCGCGAGCUGGAACAGCGUGACGAGGGACGUGAUGGCCUCGCCUGGGGCGUCGAUGAAGAGCUACCCGGUGUCGGUGCAGGGCGACGCGCAGGACCCGGCUAGCUUGAGUAACAGUACGGCUUCCGUGCCGAUGGGCUCUGGCUCGGGCGUGGGCGGCGGUAGCUCUGGUAUGGGCAGUAGCUCCGGUGUGGGGAGCAGUUCGGAUGGCAGAGUUGGGCGUAAUUCGAGCUCGGUGUCUGUGGUCUAUAACCGCGCCUGGGAGGCCGAGAUGGAGAUACUGCUGAAGGAUAUUUACAACGCCGUCAAAACGCAACAGAUCCUGCAGCCGCUCGGCAGUUCUCUUGCGGCGCGUAGCUCAACGUCGUCGCUGACGCCUGGGACUCCCAUGAUGAGGCACCGUGCUGGUGGCAGGCAGCCUGACCGGCUGGCCACGCUCAAACGCGGAAGCAUACGAGGACUUUCGACUCUUCUUGGUGCUCAGGCUGGAGUUAGUCCAUACAGCAGUAACAGCAGCAUCGACGGGCGCGUCAGUCCUUCGCCCAGCUUUGCUAGCCACGAGGCAUUCCUGGCCCCUACUCUUGGUUUUGCAUCCAACCUUUCCCAUACUAUCAUUCGCGAAGCCCAGGAGGACGACGAUCGCAGUCACCACAGUCAGGACUCCAUAUCGACGGAUAUCAGUAUCACAGACGAGGAGCUUGCCCUUCUGGGCGCCCCGUGGGCCAAAGAAGGUAUGCUCUGUCGGAAACACUACUGGGAGGCCACCGGCAAGAAGUCCAAGUCGAGGAACUGGAUGGACGUCUUCGUCGUCAUACAGAAGGGCGAGCUGAACAUGUUCGUGUUCGGCGAGCAUCACGGAGGAGGUUCCAGCGUGGUUGGUGGGGGUAACUGGCUUGAAAAUGCCCAACCCGUCGGCACGAUCCAACUGGCGCAUUCUCUUGCGCACGCCUUGCCACCUCCAGGGUAUAACAGGGAACGACCCCACUGCAUGGUUCUUACACUUGCGAACGGAGGAGUGUACUUCUUCCAGGCGGGCACCGAAGAGCUCGUGAACGAGUGGGUUUCGACGUGCAACUACUGGGCUGCUCGGCAAAGUAAGGAGCCUUUGGCCGGCGGCGUGUCGAACAUGGAGUACGGCUGGAACCGCGUCGUCGAAAUGGCCACCCAUGGACGCUCCAUGUCCGAAGAUCAGAACACUCGUGAAAACGAUACGAUGAGCGUCCGAAGCGGACGCAGCACGCGUAGCAAAUUCGGGCGCAAAGACAACGCUGCUACGAUGCGCACGUCGCCCUGGUCGGAUCGCGUCUUCAUCAAUGACUGGAAACCACCGAUGCCGUCAACGGUGCCAAGUAGCCAUGAUGAGGAGGCUCAGUUGGAUGCCCUCAAAAAGCAUGUUGCUGCCCUCAAAAACGACUUGAAGGGUCACAACAACCUCCGGGAACCGAUGACUGCGCUGUACCAGCCGCGAUCCGCGAAUGCGACCAGAGCCCAGAACAACUGGGAGAAAAAGUCGCAGUAUCUUCUCACUGAGAUCGUGAAGUACGAGUCGUACAUCGAAUCCCUACAGUCCGCGAUGGCGCUCCGGUUGAAGAAGCGGGGCGAGAAGGCUCUCGACAAAGCUCUCUCGCAGCCUGAUCCAAGCGAGGAAAUCACCGGGUCGAAAUGGAAGGGCUAUCCUGACCAGGAAACGAUCAUGGAGAGCGAAGAGCCCCCGGCCACUCCUACCGUGUCGCAGCACCACCAUCGCAGAGAGACAGCAGAAGGCCGCGCCUCUGGAUAAACCUUCCGUUGAUCCUCCUCCCAUCUUGCCAUUCUGUUUCCCCUUUUCACUCUCGAGAUAAUGGCCUUAUUUGAUAUACAUAUUUGUCGCGGAUACUCAGGGCGACUGUUCACUGAUCUUGCAUCCUUCAUCCGCUGGCUAUCGCAUCCCUUUUGACGUAUCGUAUCGCAAUGCUUUCAUCCUACAUCAUGGCAGUACCUGUGUACAAACAGCGGGUGGAGUUGUAUUGUAUAUAUUGGAAGCUUUGUUUAAUUUAGGCGCCUUC